AUGAAACUCCUCGUGCUGGCCGUUCUGCUCACAGCGUGUGCCGCGGAGGGCGGCUUUAACACGCGGGCAGUGUGGCAGUUCCGCAACAUGAUCAAGUGCACGAUCCCCGACAGCGACCCCCUGAAAGAUUACAACAACUACGGCUGCUACUGUGGCCUGGGUGGAUCCGGUACCCCUGUGGAUGAACUGGACAAGUGCUGCCAGACACACGACCGAUGCUACGAGCAAGCCAAGAAGCAAGAAAGCUGCAAAUUCCUUCUGGACAACCCUUACACCAAAAGCUACUCAUACUCGUGCUCUGGCUCAGAGAUUACCUGCAACAGCAAAAAUAAACCCUGCCAGGCCUUUAUCUGCAACUGUGACCGCAAUGCUGCCAUCUGCUUUUCAAAGGCCCCAUACAACAAGGAGCACAAGGACCUGGACACCAAGAAGUACUGUUAA